AUGAUGAACGUUACAAGCAGUGGAUACUACACAACACAGUAUCUAAAUAAACAGCAAAGGCAGUCAUCUCACUACAGGGAUGAUGACAUUUAUCAAAUACCUAGAACACCUCAUGAGCAUUUUCAAUCCACUUCUGCUCCAAAGUCGAAUCGAAGGUCACCGGUUAUGCGAAACAUACGCCCCAAACCCCAACUGUCAACCAGCCUGCCCCAAUCUCAACAACCUAGUACCCGUAACUUGAGCAAUUCCAAACCACAAAUUGAUGUUGAAAUUGAUCCCGAAGACCAACUUGAAGAAGAAAUAACUCCAGCUGAAUUGAAACAUCUUCAAGAAGACAACAUUAUAACCGAACCUAUUGAAGUAACAGCUAAGCCACAACAGGAACAAAAGCUAAGGCAUAUACUUCAAAGGAAUAAAAACGACAACUAUUAUUUGAAACAGAAACAACGGUAUGAUGAAGCUGAAGAAGUUAAACCAAAAAUGUACACACACAAAACAUUCCGCGAAGUGUUUACCGAUAAACAAGAAAACCAGAGUAGAUAUAAUCCAAUGGACUCAGUAUUUGAGCAAAGUGAUGAUCUUACCGCAAGCAGCAAAACCAAUGCCAAAUUGUCAGCUUUUUUAAAAAACAUCAAAGUGAUCAAGGACGACUACAAUGAUUACAAUUAUUACGAGCAUCGAAAGAGAAAGAGUCCAGGAAGAGAUAUAUUUGUCAAUGAAGCUAGUGACAAUGACGAUUACGAGGAGGAUGUAUUGGAAGAGCAAGGAGAGCAGCAGGAAGGAAGUCAAGCUGACGGUAAAGGCAAAUCAAAAAUGAAGAAAAACACCCUUAAAUCCUUUUGGAAAAAGAAAAUCAACCGGGCAAAAAGGGAGUUGGGUAGAGACUUUGACUCUCAUAUAAAUGGAAAUAGAGGAGAAGAGGAGGAUAUGUAUCCAGCUAGUACAGAAUCGAAUAGUGGAGAGAUAUUGGAAACAGAGCUGAAAGACAAUAAUGCAAUUGUUCAUACAGGCAAUGAGUUUGCCCUAGCUUCAAUGGUAUCACUGAGCUACAAUUACUUGUGGUCAUGGUACGAUUUCUACCAAAAUAGAAGAAAUCAAAAAGAGCAGACACCAUGUGAACAGAGUAAUAGCAAGGCAAUUAUUCCCAUGGCUAAAAUGUUAUUUUCAUUGGAAGAUGCAAGUGGAACCGACUCAUCUGCUAACAAAUCAACCCAGAAGCCAAGAGGUCAAAAGAGGGCCAAAUUCGCAAAUGGAUCACGACAGCUACUUACCGGAUGGAAUCAACCUGCCAAUCGCAUGUUUAGAAAUGAGACAUCAACAAGAAGAGGCCAUCGCAUUAUCUACCCAAUCAAAGACAAUGCAUCCUCCACUACUACUCCCUCGAGUGAAUUUAUCGUCGAGUACGACUCUAGUGAUGAAGAUUCAAUGACGGCCGAACUAUAUUACAACCCACAAACAAAACAACUCGAAGCUGAGCCACCAACAUCAUCACAAUCCAUGAUGACGGUGAACAGCAACAAUGACAAGUCAUCAUUAGCUAUAGUUAGCAAUUUGCUCAAUCUCAUUAAGCAAAUCCAUAUUAUGCAGUUGAUCUAUACCCCAAUUGAUUUCAUUGGUGAGUAUUUCCCCCAAUUGCAAACGAUUAUUGUGGUGUUGGAGUUGGUAUUGUUUGUGUGGAUUCUUUAUGAAUUGAGUCGAUUGGUUGAUGCCUUAUGUAUGAUGGUUAGGGCGUUUUGUUCACCAAUGAUUGCCGUUGGUCGGUUUAUGAAUAAGAUAAUGUGA